ACCCGAAUAUUUCUGAACCAUCUACCGGUCAGACCUCCUCUCUCUCAUCGCUUCACUUUCGCAGAGCCUUGAAACAACCGACGACUGGUAGACUUUCAACAACCACCUCUAUACAGAAAAAAUCAACCUUUUCUCUCUAUCUCUUAACCGUUUCUCACUGAAAUCUCCAACUCCACUCCUUAGUGUUUGUGAAUUAUGUCAAUGUCCGCCACGUCCUCAUCCUCCUCCGGCGACGGUCCAGAACCUAAUUCUGAGACACUUGAAAACCAAUUCGAAUCUGUUACUAUUGAAGAAUCAAAUAGGAUCGUCCAGAAAGAUGAAGCGACGGAGGAGCCUCAACUAGAAUCGUCAUUUAAUGGAUCGCUGGAUGAUAACGGUAAUCACGAGGAAUUCGACGUUCUUGAAGAGAGAAUUGAGGUCGGAAGUGAUGCUAGGGGCAUUGGCGACAGUGGUGGUGGUGUUGUGUGGGGAACGAACUCAGAGCUGGAAGUUGAUGGGCCUUCGAGCCCUAGCAGUAGUGGAUACGCUGGUGAGAGAGGGAGUAGUAGCGCGACGAGUGCGUCGAGGAUUGGCGAAGUGAGUGAAGAUGAAAUACAGGAAGUUGGAAAUGAUGGCGAUGUCGAUAGGAUUUUGGACUCACAAGUAGCCUGGGUGCCUGGGAAACGGCACGUCGAUGAGGAUGAUGCUUCCAUAUCAUGGAGGAAAAGGAAGAAGCAUUUCUUUAUAUUGAGUCACUCUGGGAAACCAAUAUAUUCCAGAUAUGGUGAUGAGCACAAGCUAGCUGGCUUUUCAGCAACAUUGCAAGCCAUCAUUUCCUUUGUGGAGAAUGGGGGGGAUCGUGUGAAAUUGGUUAGGGCAGGAAAGCACCAGGUGGUUUUCCUUGUGAAAGGACCAAUUUACUUAGUUUGCAUCAGCUGCACAGAAGAACCAUAUGAAUCAUUAAGGGGGCAAUUGGAGCUUAUCUACAGUCAGAUGAUACUCAUUUUAACAAAGUCAGUAAAUAGAUGUUUCGAGAAGAACCCAAAGUUUGAUAUGACACCCUUGCUUGGAGGAACGGAUGUUGUCUUCUCAUCUCUCAUACAUUCAUUUAGUUGGAAUCCAGCCACAUUUCUUCAUGCAUAUACUUGUCUUCCCCUAGCUUAUGCAACAAGGCAAGCUGCAGGUGCCAUUCUGCAAGAUGUUGCUGAUUCAGGAGUCCUUUUUGCAAUUUUAAUGAGCAAACACAAAGUCGUUAGCCUAGUUGGUGCUCAAAAAGCUUCACUCCAUCCCGAUGACAUGCUGCUGCUUUCCAACUUUAUUAUGUCUUCAGAAUCAUUUAGGACAUCUGAAUCUUUUUCUCCAAUUUGCCUCCCAAGAUAUAAUCCUGUGGCAUUUUUGUAUGCUUAUGUCCAUUAUCUUGAUGUUGACACGUACUUGAUGCUUCUUACUACUAGUUCAGAUGCCUUUUAUCAUCUUAAGGAUUGCAGGAUUCGUAUUGAAAUGGUUCUUUUGAAGUCAAAUGUUCUCAGUGAAGUUCAGAGAUCCAUGCUAGAUGGUGGCAUGCGUGUUGAGGAUCUGCCUGGUGACCCAUUGCCUCGUUCUGGAAUUGCUUCUCAUUUAGGUCAGCAUAAACUACCAACUGAUUCCCCUGAAAGAUAUAGGGAACCAUAUUCAGGCAUUGGUGGUCCCGCUGGACUUUGGCAUUUUAUAUACCGCAGCAUAUAUCUGGACCAAUAUGUAUCUUCUGAGUUUUCGGCACCAAUUAGUAGUCCACAACAGCAGAAAAGAUUAUAUAGAGCAUACCAGAAAGUUUAUGCUUCCAUGCAUGAUAAGGGAAAUGGGCCUCACAAAACACAGUUUAGAAGAGAUGAGAAUUAUGUUCUACUCUGCUGGGUCACCCCAGAUUUUGAACUUUAUGCAGCAUUUGAUCCACUUGCAGACAAGGCUUUGGCUAUAAAGACUUGCAACAGAGUUUGUCAAUGGGUGAAAGAUGUUGAAAAUGAGAUUUUUUUGCUGGGAGCAAGCCCUUUCUCCUGGUGAUACGGCACUGCGUGUAUAUUAGUUUGUUAAUUUUAUAAAAAUCUCACAUAAUUUUCCUCUUUCAAUAGUUAAUUAAUUGAAAUACUGUAUGCUUUCAAUUUGUUCUAUUUAUUUUUUUUCCCUCGAAGGUUUAUAUUUGCAUCUUUGUGUAGUUGCCAGAAAAAUGUAGAACAGCAGUCUUUUUUAAUUGUAACAGAGUCUUGUGUACUAGUUCUGUUUUCCAACUUGGAGAACUUCAGGAAAGGAAAUUCAGAUUAGGAAACUGGUGAUUAAAGCCCACAAAAUGACCAUUUGGAUUCAAUUGUUCUGUAAUGUAUUCUUCCUCAUCCGGGAUUGAAAUCUGAUAAUAUUUAUGCUUCCCUGUUUCCUCAGCA